AUGGUGAUUAAAACACCCAAAAUUGUGGCCACUCCAUCAAAUCCUGUUGCCAAAUUGGUCACUGGUGACUCGUGUAGUUUUACCAUAGAACAUUCUAUUGCCACCAGUGUAGAAAAACUUUAUCUCUAUGGAAAUUGUACCAACACACUUGCAUUAUCGGGAUCUUCUCCAAAUUCAAAUUUCAUUUCAUUUCCUUAUUCGGCACUUUAUCAAGACAUGUAUGUGGGAAGUGUCACUAAUUUUUUGGAUCUCUCCAUUCAUAUGGGAGCUCAUGUAAUGGCUGUUAGUUCAGAUGGCACUGCAUUUUCAUGGGGUAAAAACGAUCAUUACCAAUUAGGAAAUAAUAAUUUUUAUAACAACAUCAAUUCGAAUAAUUUAACAUUAUAUUCAAGUGCCUUGGGAUUUUCAGUUUCACAAGUGGCUACUGGAUUCGACCAUUCUGUUAUUUUACUUUCAGAUGGCAUGACUCUCUAUGGAGUGGGUGGAAAUGCAGAAGGACAAUUAAGUGGCAUGUUUUCCUUUCAAGGAAAUAAUUUUGAUGUUCAAAUUUUAAGACUAUUGAAUGUGAGCUCAGUUGUGAAUUCAUCAAGAAAUGAAUACAUUACACAAGUGGUUGCUGGACAUCGAACCACAUUUGUUUUAACCAAUUAUGGAAGAGUUUUUGGAAGUGGAGACAAUAAGAAGUGUCAAAUUUCAUCGAAUUCAAGUGUGAGCAAUUAUUGGGAUUUUGAACAAUUGAAAGGAGGAGUGAUGGACAGAAAACGAAUUCGAAAAAUUGUUCUUGGAACUCUUUUGAUUUUAUUGGCCGAUGAUUUUACCAUCAUGAUGUUCAAUCAAACGAGUUCUCUUAUUUCAUUACCAAAUUCGGAAUUAAUUAUGGAUGCCUUUUCAAGUGAAAGUAAUACUUACUUCUUGACUCAAUCUGGAAAUAUUUAUGGAAUGGGAUCCAAUCUAUAUUUUGAACUUUCUAUCAAGUACAACGUGUCACAAAUUUUACAACCUGUGCUUGUAUUCACAAAAUCCGAUUUGGGAGGAAUGCCAUAUCUGGGAUCAUGUGGAAAUCAUUUUGCUUCUGUUGCAGUCGCAUUGGAAUGGUCCUGUAAUGGAGUUUCAGCCUCUGCUUCCAAUGUCUGUUCAGGAAAUGGUUUAUGUCUCUCUCAAGAUCAAUGUCUCUGUAAGCCAAAUAUUUUUGGUCAAAAUUGUGAAAUUGUGAAAUGCAAUGGUGUCUUGUCCAAUACCACAAGUGUUUGUUCAGGAAAUGGAAUUUGUAAUGUCAAUGGCACAUGUUCGUGUUAUUCACGAUAUUCUGGAGUGAAUUGUGAAAUUUUCACAUGUUUUGGAAAGAUGAAUAAUGACACUCUAAAUGUGUGUAAUGGAAGAGGAAAUUGUGUGGCACCUGACACUUGUCAAUGUAAUCCAGUAUUGGGUUUUUAUGGCAGUGAGUGUCAAUACAAGUCAUGCUUUGAUGCCAUUUCGAAAGAAGAAUUAUUGCCUUCUUCGAAACGAAGAUCCUCCAUGAAAACUCAAUUUUGUACGAACAUCAACAAAUUGCUCCUGUCAUAA